AUGGCGCUGGAAGGCCUGCAGCCUUCUGUGUAUGCGCCCUGCCAGAGGGAAGGCCCUGUUGCUAUGGGAACCAGAGUAACAGCCACAGGCCGGCAGGGAGAAAGAAGGCCUAGAAGUUGUGGAGCUGCUCUGGAGGCAGCAGCAGCAGUCGUAGCAGCAGUAGCAGGAGGACCAGGCAAGUAAGUGCUCAGCCAGCCUUUGUCUGCUCUCUUGGUCUGGAAUGGCUGAGGAUGGGCUGCUGGGCCCUGGGGCACCUGCUCAACGUCCUUGCAGACCUCCUUGCUCAUGUCCUUGCUUGGACUGGUACCUGGCAUUUGCACUCAAGGAACUUGUGGUGUGGGGAGAGGGUUGAUUAGGCCCAGCCUUUGAAUGCAUGCAUGGGGCAGGGACGAAAAGCCUCAGUGUUACAGGGAAGGGCCACAGUGAGGGGUGGCCUACUGGGCUCUAGGAAGUAGCGAUGGAGGAGGCAGCUGCCUCGGAAAGAUGGGGUAGCAUCACGAGAGGGUGUGCUUUGCAUGCAGUAGAUCCCACGUCCCCACAGCAUCUGCAGGUAGGGCUAGCAAUGGCCCCUGCCUGAAACCCUGCAGAGUAAGUAGAGAUUGCAGAGCUAGAUAGACCCAACGGUUUGACUUGGUAUAAGGCAGCUUCCUAUGUUCUUAUGAGAAACCAAUUGCUCACUAAGGUGCUAGCACGCUUUUGAAUCCAGACAGGUUGUUAUAGGGAGUUAUUCUGGAUUUGAAAGUACAAGGCUAUAAGCUAUUAUUUAUUAAGAAUACCUGUAGACUGCUCUUUAGCCUCACACAGUGUGUAGUUGAACUAUGGAACUCCCUUCCACAGGAGGCAGUGAUGGCCACCAAUUUGGAUGGCUUAAGAAUCAUAGAAUCGUAGAAUUUAGAGUUGGAAGGGGCUCAAGGGUCAUCUAGUCCAACCCCCUGCAAUGCCGGAAACUUGCCCAACAUGGGACUCAACAUGGGGCUAUGAAUGGCUACUAGCUAUGAUGGUUAUGCUCUGCCUCCAUAGUCAGAGGCAUUAAUGCUUCUGAAGCCCAGUUGCUGGAAACCACAGAUGGGGAAAGGACUCUUGUGCUCAGGUCCUACUUGCAAGCUUCACAGGCAACUGUGAGAACAGAAUGCUGGACUGGAUGGACCAUUAGCUCAUCCAGUUCUUAUGUAUAUGUUACAAGAGACUUUCAAAGCAGCUUACAGAAGUUUCCCAGAAUAAAUCAUAUUCAGGUUUAAUAUCAGGAGCAAAAAUUACAUGGUGUCCCUCUGGUGCUAAGUGUUCUGCCUGCCUCCUCCUCUCUGCUGCACUUUUGCUCCUUAUCUAUUGUGCAACAGCCCUGAGGCACGCAAGGGAGCAGGGCUGUGUAGCUGGAUCUCACUCAGGCCAUGAAGGAGGCAGGUCUUCUUAUAGCUUCUUAAGUGCCUCUAGGUUGGAGUUCAUUUAUCUCCACCCUACCUCCCUGUGUCUCAUUGCUGAGCCUUCUACCAUAUAAAGAGGCUGGGGACAGAGGAGAUGUAAGCACUGAUACCUUCAUGUUGAAAGAUUUGAAAUGGAAGCAGAACAUGAAAGGAGAGAUCUGUUGGAGCUGGGAUGCACAUUUCAGGGUCACACGCAGUUGAACAUCUGUAUUAUUGCAUAUAGCAGGAGGCAAAGGUGCUACAGUGGAAUAUUGCUACCAAUGCCUUUUUGAAAUGCCAUCUGCUAUGCUUUCAAGUUCCUAUAGAGCCCUCAGAUAGAUCACAGUGUUUCAGUUCUUACUGACAGGAAAGAGAAAGUGUCAAAAGCAGGCAGGUAAGAAGCUUGCUGUUUGCCUUUUAAAUUGUCAGCUGCCAUAGAUAACCAUAUGCCUUCCUCCCAAAUGAGCCUACUCACUAAAAAUAGCAUUUCUUUUCCUAUGUAUUUUUUAUUAUGUAGUUAUAUCCCAUCCUUCCUGAAAUGAGCUUAGAGCGGCCUACACAGUUCUCUACUCCCUCCUCCCUGCCCUUACAACAACCCUAUCAGGUUGGUUAAGCUGAAAGAUGAUGAUUGGCCCAAGGUCACUUAGUGAGCUUCAUAGCUUAAGGGGGAUGUGAACUCAGGACUUCCCAGUCCUGCUCUGAAUUCACUUGCAACCAUGCCAACUUCAACUGGAUUCUUCUCCAGGGCUCCAUUUACCGGUAGUUGUCUUUAAAGGGGCCUCCCCACACUGUAACUUGCAAGUGUGCUUUGGAAUCUGUGCUUCCAGAAAUAUAAUAUUUAAGAUUAUGCAGUGAAUAAUAAGCAAUUUUUUACAUAGUGUAAAAUAUUUCCAGUCUGUGUUUGAUAAUUUGUAGGGCGGGAAAUAUGAAGACAGGACAGUAGAUUCUUAUAUAUUGGCCAUUGAGAUGAAAUUGGUUACAUUAUCUGUACAAGGGCAGCAAAUAACUUAUGGAAGCCAGUUUUUCGUAGCAGAUUACUGUACAGAUACUUCCAGGCGGAAUAUUUCUCAGGAGUUUGGCAUGUUGAUUCAGUGCACCAAUAGUAAUGAUGAUGAGUGAGCUUCCCCAGCUUGCCUUGGAUUGCUCCCCCCCCCCCAGCUUUCUAGGAGAAAGCUUAAAAAAAACAGAGAUCACUCCGUUUCAAGCCUGCCCGCUCCCUGUUCCAACAAGCAUCUUUUUGAACAACCUUGAGGAUGUACUUAGUUCCUGCUUGGGUGCAGUGAACUUGUUUUCUAGGCUUUUUGGUUUAUUCAUUGAAUUGGGAGGCCUAGAAAACUGUAACUCCUAUGAAUUGUGGCAGGAAAUUACAGUCCAGCUAAGGAGAGGUCCACAAGACCUUUCCAGUAAGCCUUCCUUGCCAUUAAGAGCUCAGUUAAGAGCCCAUGAUCCCUUUCAAGUAAGAUGCUCCUACAUUCAGAUAGAAACUUGCAAGGGUGGUGCAUUGUCUGCUGCAUCUUCAAACAACCAGGUUCUGUUCUGAUCCAAAUAAACAGUCCUGGCCAUUAGCAGAUAGCAAGGUGGGACUGGGCGGGUCAUCUGACCUCCCUCCAAUGAAGUUGCCACUGCAUACCAGGAUGAAGAGGGAGAUGGGAGCAGUGACGACAAGGUCAGUGUGAUGCUAAUGUGCUGGUAGAACCGUUCUGACACUCCUACUAGCACAUUUGCACAGCACCAACCUUGUGGUCUCCCCUCUCUAUCUCAGUGUGCAGCAGCGACUCAGCUGGAGUGAGAGAUGCAGCCACACCGUGUCAUCUGCUAAUUGGAAAGGGGGGCUCAAGGCACCCGUUACACAUCACACAAAAAAGGGAGUGAUAACUGGGUAAUGGAAGGCUGACAAUUCUCUUGUUAUUGGAAUACAGACAAACAAAAAUCCAUGUAAAUGAGAAUAUCAGAUCUUGAGACUGCUUCUCUACUAAUUUUCACUUUGAGUUUCAUAUUGAUAUAUUUUUGAAGGGAAAUAAUUGGCAGCCAUUCUCAGUUCAGUGAUAGUCAGGACUGAAACUCAAGCAGAAUUGUGAAUUCCUGGAGACUUUUUUCUCACUGUUUAAACCAAGUUUGUUGUUGUUCUUAUUCCAGAGGUUCUGACAGAUUAAUCAAAGAUGCUAACAGACCGAGUCCAGAAAUCCUUGGGUCCCCACAAGUUCUCAGAAGAAUUUCAAAGCAAGGUGGUGGUACCUCACAUCCCAAAACUGGUCAAAGAAGAAAAGAAGCAUGCCCCAGUAUGUUUGCUUGCGCUCAGCUGAUCUAAUACCUGGCCAAGUCAUUGAAUCUGCCUUUGUGAUAAUGACUCCUGAACACCUUUUAUUUUGUCAUGCCUUAGAGCUUAUCCACAUUUACCUUUCCUCCAUGCUUUCCAGGCAUGGUGAACACUUUAAAGCACCGUGUUCAGACACCCCCCUUUUUCUCUCUGGAGCUUUCCCCUCAAAAAACUGCUCUUUAAAGCUGAAUUGGAGCAAAUGGCAAUCCGUGGAAAAUCCACAUUGCCAUUUGUUGUGCUUCGGCUUUUAAGACUGGGCUCUUGCACAGAAAGCUCAGGGGGUGGGGAAGUCCUUGAACAUUGAGCUUUAAAGUGCGCAACAUGCUCGGAAAAAGCAGGACAAAAAGUAAGUCUGAAUAAACCCUUAAUGUGAGACAGUAAGCAAAAGACAGUGCAUUUUAAAUACAAUGUCCAUUUUAGAUCAGGAUGGACAGAAAGUAGAUGAGCAUCUUCUGGGUGAGUUUGCAGUAGACUGGCAAGGAGGGCUUCUAACUUCCAGCUGUUUAGUGCUAGGAGAGAAAAAAAUGUCUCUUCCUGCCCUGCCCCCCAAAUUAGACUGAUUGCAGAAAUAGUCUGAGGUGACCAGGAGUGCAUUUCUGUGCAUAACAACUAUGGGCUCAGUUUACUUCUAGUGUUCAAAAUUAAUUCCUGGGCUCAAAAUUGUUUCUUUCUAAGACUAUGACUUUUGCACCAGGCUGGUAGAUCUCAGGGUUCUAGUAGAAUAAGAACAGCAGAUCCUGCAAUCUGGACAUCUGUCCACUCCUGUUUUUGGUGAUGUUUAGGCUUUAUGUUCUAAAAAUAGAAAAACCUGUCACUGAUUAAAAUACCCCUUAGUGUGUACUGAAGACCAGAAGGAGACUCAUUGAGGCGGAGAGAGACAAUGAUUCACCAGUAUAUGAUGGAUUGUGUGUGUGUGUUGUUAAGUCUAUAAGUUUGAGGAAGAGAGCUUCCGCUGGUUCCCUUUGCUUGUUCUUUUGCUCCCUACAUAGGAGCAAGAAGACAAGGUUAUCAACACUUGUCAAAACCACUUGUAGUAAAGAGGCAUGGCAGAAGUCAAUAGGAAGGGAGUUCCGCAGUUUUGGGGUAAUCACUGAGACAAAGAUGCACACAGUUUGAUAAAUUAUUAUUAUAUAAUUGCUGUCCCACUUUCCUUAUUAGUUUGUGAGACACAAAGUGGAAAACGAGCUUAUGCUUUUCAAAUAUUCCCACCCUGUCUCUGGCUGCAACUCUUAGCCAGUUUAUUUGUCAUUCUGUACAUGAGCCCAAGUCUUUUAUUGUGCCCCUCGCCCUUUAAGCAUCUAGAGAAAUUAGCCCUAUCAAAAUCCCACAAUCUCUCUCUAAAAUAGCAAUGGAAUUUAAUUACUUUGUGCCUUAACUGCUGACUUUGUUCAGCACAAGAGAGAAACCAUGCAGACAUCUGAAAAUCUUGCAAGCAGGUGCCAUUUCCAGCAAGAGUUCCUUUAAGAUAGGUUGAAUGGAAGUCCUGCAUCCUGAAUUUUAAAUGUUUCAGCAGGAAAAUUAAUGGAGGUCUAGGAUUCAGCAGUGAACACAUAUUAAUCAGAAGUGCUUAACAAGUAAAGCCUUUCUUAACUCAGGCAUUUAUGUGGUCUUUGUUUUCAACUGCAGUUGACUCCAUCUGCCUUCCUGAAAGCAAUGACUCUGACGACGGAGCAGAUGCUGGCAAACACCCAUGA